AUGAGUUCAUCGAUGUCGUCAGCGCCCAAUCGAGCUCGUCCACGUGGCAGAUCAGUCGGAGUCACAAAGCGGGAACUUCUUGAGGAAGGGCAACUGAAAAGGCGUGAAGGACAAGCUCAGUGCUCACGCUUGUUGGGUUUCAUUCAUAUAAGUCUCUCUCCUCACAGGCUCAGUCUCUCUCGCGCAUUGUCUAGCUCCGAUUUCGAAUUUUAG